GCCACAGCCACACCCACACCCACACAGCCUCACCCACACCCACACCCACAUCCACACCCACAUCCACACCCACACGCACGCCCACACCCACACCAUCCACACAAACCCACGCCCACACCCCACUUAAAAAACGUUCGAAUUCUAAAAUGAAACAUUAAUUUUAGUUCAAGAAGUCUUGUACAUCAUAAGUGAAGAAAAAGGUGGUCCUGGUAUGAAAACAAAUGGAUUAUGUGAGCAGAUGAACAAAUUUGACUUUUUUUUUGGAUUAAAAUUGGGUCAUUUAACAUCUACCGAUACAGAAAAGUUAUCACAUGUAUUUCAAAGUGCUGAUUGUUGUUUGCAGGAUGUUGUCUGUGCUGCUCAAGCAAUCAUUCAUCGUUUUCAAGGUAUUCAAGGUAAAAAUUUAUUUUUAAUUAAGGAUAGUGAAGGUUUAACAGAAAAACCUGUUUUACCUCGACCUCGACGGCCACCACAACGAUUUGAUUCAAAUAUAAAUUUAGUUAAUUAUACAAGUUGUAACGAUUUCUAUAUGGAAAUAUAUGUUGAAACAUUAGGGUCGAUUAUUAGCCUGCUUCGUACUUGA